AUGAUUCAACCCCCACCUAAUCCCCCAUCAACGAUUCACCCCCAACCAACACCAUCCAUCAACCAAAAGCUGCACCCCCAACCAACCCCACUCAUCAAACGCGAUCACCCCACAACCCCUACCAUCAACCAACUCCCCCCACCAACCCCACCAAUCCAACCGAUGUCACCCCAACCACACUUUCCCAUCAACAGAUUCACCCCACCACCCCACCAUCAACCGAUUCACUUCCCAACAACACCACCAUCACCAACUCACGCCAUCAACCCCACCAUCAACCGAUUCACCCACCACCCCACCAACAAUCCAUCUCACCCUCCACCCCUACCAUCAAGCCGAUUCACCCCACCAACCCCCCACAACCAAUUCAACCCCCACCAACGCCCAAUCAAUCACCAACUACGACCCCCACCAACCACCAUUCAACCGAUUCAACCCCCACCAUCAAUGAUCAACCCCCACCAACCCCACCAUCAACGAUUCACCCCCACCAACUCCCACCAUGCAAUCCGAUUCACCCCCCCACCACCCACCUAUCAACCGAUUCAGCCACCACCAACCCCACCAAUAACCGACUCCCCUACAACCACCCACCAUUCACAACCGAAUUCACCCACUCCCAUGCCAUUCAACGCGAUUACCCCGCACAAUCCCCACGCAUCAACAGACUGCACACCUCAACAGCCACCAUCCAUAACACGAUCACCCACCAUCAACCGAUUCACCCCCAACCAUAUCCACCAUCACCAACUCACCGCACCAACGAUCACUCCCCACCAACCCCACCACCAACCGACUUCCCCAACACCAAACCCCACCAUCACCAAUCUCAACCCCACAAACCGCGGGAUUCACAUCCCUACCAAUCCCCACCAGUAA